AUGAUGGACAAUCGAAGCUACUCUAAUCUGCCAGAAAAACUGCCUGUUUUCUCUGAUUCUGUCCACUUGCCACUGACCAGGUCCUUCUAUCUGGACCCCAUGGUCACUUUCCACCUGUACCCUGAUGCCCCAGUACCAUCCCCUUUCUCUGAAGACCUGCCGUUGCUGCCUUUUCCCAAUGACUCCCUGAUCAUGGAAAAUUAUGGUGAACCCUGCUCCUUCUCCUUCCCCAUGCCUUAUGCAAAUUACAGAAGGUGUGAAUAUGCCUAUGGGCCAGCCUUCAUCCGGAAAAGGAAUGAACGGGAAAGGCAGCGGGUAAAGUGUGUCAAUGAAGGCUAUGCCCAGCUCCGACAUCAUCUGCCAGAAGAGUACUUGGAGAAACGACUCAGCAAAGUGGAAACCCUCAGAGCUGCUAUCAAGUACAUUAAUUACCUGCAGUCUCUUCUGUACCCUGAUAAGACUGAAACCAAGAAUAACCCUGAGAAAGUUUCCUCCAUAAUGGCAACCACCAGCCGCCACAGUGACCCCAUUUUUAGAAUCAUUUGA